UUGUGGAGGAGGUUCUUGCCCUGACUUUGUAUACAUUACACACACAAAGCUGUCUGCCGGGUUUUAGUUCUGCAUCUGCUGACCAGCUGUGAGGAAACGCACCGGUGUCGGAAGUGAGUCGCUAUACUGUCGGAGCGGCGCCUGUGUGUGAGGUGACAACCACGUAUGGAUUACCAACCAUGUCUGUACAUGCCUUGGCAUUGACUAGUUACACAAAGAAGAGAGUUCAAGAUUGUGAAACUACGGUACAGGUGGCAAAUGACAUUACUAAACGGUACCCUGAAAGGAAAAUACUAAAUGUUCCAGACUCUUCCUUGACCAUUAUGCCCAAAAUUCCUAUGAUUCUAUUUCCUGCAGAUGAGGUACCAAGGCCAGCAGUUAUCGGAUUAGGAGGUAGCCAUGGGUCAUAUGUGGAUAGUGCUACAGCAAUUAAGGAAAUUCUGGCUUCUGUUUUAAAGAUUCCAAGCAGUAUAAAAGCCACAUUGCCUGUGAAUGAGGAUCUGGAGGACAGUGAUGUAGAGGAUGACAGCAAUGGUGGCAAUAAUGAUUGUUCUGAUGAUCAUAACUGUAUUCAAUUAAUUCCCUGUGCACAAAAUGACAUCCAUAUUAAUAGGCACAAAGCAUCAUGGGAGAACACCCAGUCAGAAUCUCCUAAAUCUUAUACGGUGGACCCACUCCCAUCCUCACCUAGGGUACCCAUCACGAGCACACGAGGUGUAACGGAACUGGAAUUAUCACCUUGCAUCAAAUGCAGCAACUGUAUAGAAUUAACUUUUUCUGGAUCCACGGUUUCACAAUUGAACUUGCCUUUGAGCUCACAAAAGGAAAAUAGACUAUUUUCUACCCCCAAUCUUCCAAGCCACACCCUUAAUUUACAUUUUAAUCCAAACCCACGGGAUCCCCCUUCAGGACAAUUAAUUAUUCCCAUAAGCGCAUCUGUAGCGGAUACUGAGCCUUGCUCUGUAGAAGAUAGUAAGACUUUCCAUCGGAGGUCACAGUCCUUUUCCGUUCUUGAAGCAGCUGGGCAGUCUCUGGCUUCCAGCACAAAAACCAGGCAUCACUCUGAAGAAAAUCUCUUUGAACCAUCUGUGAACUUGGAGAAGGAACAUCGGCAUUUCCUGGUAGCUGACAUGUUCAUAUCUGUGGUUGAGAAUAUGAAAAGCAAUUGGGAAUAUGAGCAGUGGAAAGCAGAAGAAGGGAUACCGUGGAUAAAAGAUCCAGAGGAACCUUGCUUCUACCAGAGGAAAAAAAACAAUUCAGAAUCCGCGGCUUCUGUUGACAGCGGUUAUGAGGGCUUACCUGCGCUGCAGAACUCUCCCUCAGAGACUAUAUUUGAGGAAGAGGAGGUGGAGAAAGAGGAGUCUGGACCCUGUAUAGAUUACAAAGUGUACGAAUAUGAGGAUUUUGUGAUAAUCGAACAAGAAUACUACCCAGAACUAUACAUGCAUAAGCAGUCUACAAGACCCAUCCCUGUACCAGGCUCCAACUCUGCUGAACAAACAGCCAGGAAUUUAUACAGAGCUUUCCAGCAGCAGUGGGGUCCGGUUGUAGGAGAAGUGUGGCCACCAGCAAGAUCGACCAUUACAACCUUGGCCAAUGACCAUGCCAUACCAGAGGAAUUUAAGUCCAGUGUGAGUCUGUCAGAAGAACUAAAACAGUUCAGCGAGAGGGAGACUGAAGACUGGACGCCUCCACGGUUUCAGAUUAUUAGCGACGUGCACCCCUACAUCAAGAGAGAUGAUGUUGUAGCAUCACAAAACUAUUUGUGUGCUGGCUGUGGAACAAAGGUUGAGCUAAGGUACACCAAUAGGCUCCGAUACUGUGAUUACUUGGGGAAGUAUUUCUGCGAUUGCUGUCACAGUUACUCGGAGAGCUUCAUUCCAGGCCGCAUUCUCUCAAAGUGGAACUUCAGUAAAUAUUACGUCAGCAAUUUCUCUAAAAGUGUUGUAGACAAAAUAUGGGACAGCCACAGAUUCAACGUGCAAAGUGAGAACCCAGCACUGUACAGCAAGGUGAAAGACCUGGCCAGAGUGAAAGAGGUGCAACAGCAGCUGAUUUACAUAAAGAAGAUGGUGAAUAUGUGCCGUUUUGCAGACAGUGUUGUAAAGGCCUUUGAAGAAGUGCCCCCUCACCUGACAGAAGAGCUGCAUCUUUUUACCUUGAGUGACCUUUAUGACAUCAAGCAGAGGACCCUCUUGCCAGAACUCAGGGGCCUCCUUGCACACUGUGUAGCUCAUGUGGAGGAAUGUGAGCUCUGCCAAGCCAAGGGCUUUAUAUGUGAGUUUUGCCAGAAUGCAGCUGUGAUCUUUCCAUUCCAGACAGAUAUAUGUAGAAGGUGUGAAGACUGCAAAGCAUGUUACCACAAGCAGUGUUUUAAGACCAGUGAUUGUCCAAAAUGUGCAAGGAUCAAGGCGCGGGAAGCAGUAAAGUGGGAUUCUCCGAUUACAUCAAGCUGUGAAAUGGACUUGAACUCCUCAACUUGAGUGCCAUAUAGUGUGUUUCAAAUUAAUUGUAUUUUUAUUUUGUAUAUGUGUGUUUUAAAUGUACAAAGUACUGUAUCUAAGAAAAAUAUUGUAAACUUUAAUUGGCAAAACAUGUUUUCAUGUUGAAUGUAUAAUUUAAGAGAAGCGUUUUAUCUUAUGUUAUAAAGUUAGUUUCAUUUUAUUAUUAUGAUUUUUUUUUUAUUUUUUAUUCCCCGCAUUCUAAUUCUACAAUGUGCCUUAAUUCUAAUGCUGGCCACACACAAGACGACUCACAAACUAUGCAAUGUUGUUAUAAAUUUCCCUUGAACUCCCCCCCCCCCCAACAGCUCCCCGGCAUCACAGGACAAACUAUAUUGUGCAAAAAGUGUUCAUUUUUGACAAACAACCUAUCAGCCACAGCUGAUCUGUCGCUAACGAGAUUCACGGAUUUUCCCUGCAGUAGGGAUGAUCUGAAGAUACAACCUGUGGGACCGUGCUUGGGAUCAUUGGGGCAGAUGUAUUAAGCCUGGAGAAGGGAUAAAGAAGUGAUAAGUGCAAGAUGAUAACGCACCAGCCAGUCAGCUCCUGUCAUUUAUCAAAUCCGUAAUGAUUGGCUGGUGCAUUAUCACCUUGCACUUAUCACUGCAUUAUCACUUUUCCACGUUAAUACAUCUGCCCCAUUAUCGUUUGUGGAAAUUGUGCAAUUUUUAACGAUUUAUCGUUCCUAUGCGGCCAAAUCGCGCAGGAAAUCAUCUUGUGUGUGACCAGCUGAAGUGUUGUCACCUGGCAGAGAGCAGGGUCUCCCUUCCAGGGCUAGAUGGGCUUCAUGCUUACAGUGAGACUAGAACUAUAGUGAUCAGUGCCUUGUGUGAACAGAGGUGCUCGCAAUACAACGCUGCACUGCAAGGGAAGUCCUGUCGCCUAACACUCAACACCUUCCUAUGGAGUCUAUUUUAACUUUUGUAAAUGCUAUCACUGACGGCUCCUAGAGAAUUGGGGGGGGUUUUCUUCUGCCAAUAGUAGAGUGUUGUGCAGUGGACUGAUUUAUAAUAUUGGAUUGCCAAAGUAAUAAGGAAAAAAGGUAACGAUGAGUUAGACUUUUUGUUUUUUAAUCUGGUUUUAUUGUGGCAGGUAUACUGGAAUGUUCAUCCCGUUUUAGAUGUUUACACAAACUGACUCAGGAUCUAUUGAACAAAGUCAAAGUUUUAUGAAAAUAUUAUUAGUGUUCCUGCUUCUCAUCAUUAAAAGAAAAAAAAAUCUUU